GUAAUCUAUAACUUUGAACAUAUCUCUCCAGAAAAGACAACACAAAUAACCCAUACGGCUAAUAAAUAUACUUCAUAAGCAGCAUAUUCAGUAAUAAUUUUGUCACAUAGCAAAUAUCAUUGCUUUUAUGCACAAUCAUCCAGACGCGAUCUUGCUACUCUGCUACCCAACCAAUUUUCUUUCUGACAAAUCUUCUCAGAAAUAUACUCUCCAGACUAUCUCGGGAUUCUGCCAUCAACAAUGCAUGCUGGUGAACUGAAUAGCAGCAUGUUUGUUGAGUCAUUCCUCCAUAGGUGGCGCUAACAGCGCCCUUGGCGAGUAAGAGCGGAGCCAACUAUUUGCACACUAGGGGUAUAUCAUAUAUAACUUAUUUACUAGACUAUAGCGAUCUCCUAUAGACAUUUUGGUCAACGUGUUAAGCUAGAGGAUAUCAAUCCGAUUUAAAUCGUUCGUACUCUAGCCGGUCGUUCUGUGGCCAGGAUCAAUAACACCGCGUGUCAGCUGGUACCCCCUCUCGGGGCGAGAUAACGUACUAUCGGGAUCCGGGAACGAUUUAUCCAGAUCACAACAUAAACCACUUCUAAGCGGAACAGUGAUCUCACGUCCUCGAUCCUUAAAAUAAACACAAACCGCAACGACGAGCAACACGAAUUCCGCACUACCGAGAAUUGAAAAUCGAGAGAAUGCGACAGCAAAAACAAAUGAGUGCGUACGCGUGAGGGUUGUCCAACGCCAACUGAGCAUCAUGGGCGAAGACGUGGUAGACAAAGUUUUGGAAAGAGCGGGUAGAUGGGGCAAGUUCCAACUGAGAGUGUUCUUGUGUUUGCUGUUAGCGACGGUGUUUUCCGCGUUUUCUUUGAGUUAUAUUUUCACGGCGAGGGAUAUCAAGUACAGAUGUUAUAUUCCCGAGUGCGAAAAAUCUCCCUUGAAUGCCAGUUACAAUCCCGACUGGCUCCUGGAAUUCGUUCCAUUCCAGGACAAAUCCCCGAGCAGGUGUCUCCGAUACGCUUCUGUAAAUACCAGCAUUUCCAGACGGGAAUCGCCAGCAUGUUCAAAGGAAUCAGUCUUACAGAACAUGACUGUUAGAUGUGAUCAAUUCGUAUACCAGAAGAAAGAAAUCACGAUUGUUCACGAUUUUAACAUAAUAUGCAGCGAAAACUUGUGGAAGCUGACCAUUAUAGGAACACUCAGUGUGACAGGGGAAUUAGUAUGUCUGUCCUAUUCUGGUUUUAUAUCAGACAUAUAUGGACGAAAGACCUUACUGAUCUUAUCGAUGCUACUCAGCACAAUGGUGGGACUUCUGAGAUCAUUUGCAGCGAAUUAUUACGCUUAUGCCAUUUUCGAGUUUCUCGAUACUGCAUUUAGUGGUUGCACAUAUGGAGCUGCGUUUGUUUUAGCCAUGGAAAUGCUCGAAUCGAAACACCGCACCCUAGGCAACUUCGCCCUGAGCGUCCUCUACGCCUUAGGCUGCGUCUUUGUCGGUCUAGCGGCCUGGUUCUCGCCCUCGUGGAGGAUCAUGCUCCGCAUCCUGUACACUCCAGGCCUGCUAUCGAUCAUCUUCAUCUGGGCGAUUCCCGAGUCGCUCAGAUGGCUGCUGUCCAAGAAGAAUACCAAAGAGGCGAAGAAGGUCAUCAAACAGAUUGCCUCAGAGAACAACAGGGAAAUAAUGUUUUCAAGCAUUAGUUUGCUUGGAGUGAAGACUGGAGUGGAUCCAGAUGGAAGGAGUGGGUUCAAGGAAUCCAUCAGGAACCGGAGAUUGUUGAUCAGGAUGGUGCAUUGCUCCUUUACGUGGAUCUGCUGUACGUUUCUGUAUUUUGGAUUGACCAUACAUUCGACAGCGAUGUCCGAGAACGUCUACCUGAGCUUCAUAUUCGCCGUGAUGGUGGAGUUGCCCGGUUACAUAAUAUAUUACUAUGGAAAUGAAAAAAUCGGCAGAAGAUUGAUGAUGUUUUUCUCGUUGGUAUCCGCCGGGCUAUCCUGUCUCGCCGUGGGGAUCGUCAAGGAAGAGAUGGAAAUCCUGAAAUUGGCUUUAUUUCUUUGGGGAAAAUGUUCUUCUACUGUGGCAUUCACAGUGCUUUUUUCAUACACUACAGAAAUUUUCCCCACAUGCUCCAGGCAUACGAUGUUUUCCAUUUGCAGCAUGUUUGGGAGAUUUGGAUCUAUGCUGGCACCUCAGAUACCUCUCUUGGCUAGGGUAUCACGACUCCUUCCGUUGUUAACUUUUGGAGGUAUCGGUUGUAUCUCCGGCACUCUGGCGCUACUUUUCCCAGAAACCUUGAACACCAAAUUACCAGAUACGAUAGAACAAGCUGUGAAUAUCGGAAAGAAGAUCGAGACUAUAAAAGAAGAGGAAGAGGAGGCAUUAUCAUGAGCUAAAGACUAGAAUGGAUUCAGUUCUAAGGCACUGCUCUUUCCAAAAGCAACUCAUGAUAGCCAGUUUACUUAUUUACCUACAUAAGCGUUAAUUUAUAAGUGUUUUUAUACCUUUUAUAAGAUUAAAUUAAAACCUAAGUUGUUGCCUAUUUGGCAGUAUUUUUCGAAUAUUAUGAUAUUUGAUACACUCAUAUAUUUUCAUUAGUAUAUAUAAUUGAAGAUAUGCUUAAUAGCUAUUUUUGUAUGAAAUACUAUUAAAUAAAAUUAUGCUGCCUCUA